AUGGCUGGGUCGCCAAAGGAAAAUGGUACGAUUGUAGUGAUAUUUGAAGGUAAUUUUCCGAAAAUAAAGGUUUUGAUAUGAUUUUUUUGUGUCUCUUUAAGAACCUUUCGACGAUGCUGUUGAAGAGAGGAUAAUCAAUGAGGAAUACAAAAUUUGGAAAAAGAAUACACCGUUUUUGUACGAUUUAGUAAUGACUCAUGCCUUGGAAUGGCCUAGCCUUACAGUUCAAUGGCUACCUGACGUUACUAAGUAAGUGGAUGCUGGUAAACGUGCCAUGUAAGCUUUUGGACAGAGUGCAAUCGAAGAAUAUGUGUCAAAUGAAACUUAUUAUUUAUUUGUAACAUCGUGUACAUUUAGGUUGUACCAUCAGUAUUGUUGAUAUCAACUAUGCCAGAACGGAUCAAACUUUUUAGGUAAAGAAAAAAAAGAAAAAUCUAGUAUGCGACAAAAAUUCUUUCAGCUCUAUUAACUGGUGAAUUCCCUAUUUCCGUGAAACUAAACUUGUGAAGUUUUUUUUUUCAACAUUUCAAGCACCAAAAGAUUUAUGCAUUCGUUCGUGUAAACUUUGUCGACAGCUGCAGUCGAUUCAGUAUGCAAUUUGGCAGUCUCAUUCCAAACAAAACAGUUUUGGGUAGACUUUAAACUAAGAGGCAAAUCAUUUUAUAUUCUGAAGAGUCAUGUCUGCUUUCAUACCAUAGCUUGUUUGCUAAUUGCAUGAGACUUAGACUUUUUUUUUAAUUUCCGGUCUCAUGUCCUGGUUUGUCUCUGUCAUGUACAGCUUUUCAAAAUGAUAAGAUACCCUGAGGCAAGUUCAGACAUCAUGCUUUUGCCAUGCCGAACUUAAUUGAAAUUAGGUUCGAUUAUAGCAUGGCAAAAGCGGGACUCUGAAUCAGACGUUGGGUUAAUGUCUUGCGAAAUUCAGCAUUUACUGAAGCACCCUCAGCCCAUACUCUGUAAAGGAGAAUUACUCUCGUGACUCUCCUGCAGAUACGCAGUCCUGCCAAAAUACAUUGAUAUAGUUUGGGAAUUUUGUUUCGCAUUACAGGGGUACAAUAUCUGAGUCACUGUUGUGCUAGAGUCAUUUGGCAUGGCAGAACUUGUUUAACUUAAUUGCUUUGCCAAACUUGAUUAAAAACUUUUGAUUCAGAUGCCUUGCUUCUGCCAUGCUUUUGUCACAGUUAAGGCUGAAUUAAGUUCGGCGUGAGAGAAGCAUAAUGUCUGAACUGGGCCUUAAUACUCUCAUUGGCCAAUAGUAAUGAAUGGUUAACGAACUGUCCUUGAAGCAUUCAAACAGUUUGCCUAACUGUUCGAAUGUAUGAAUAAAUGGUUUGAAAGGUUUGGUCAGCCAUUCAAACGGAUGAGUAAAAAUUUCAAACAGAUGCGCAAACUGUUCAAACAGGUGAAUAAAUAAUUUGAACGGUUUGAUUAGCCAUUCAAAUGGUUUGCUUAGCCAUUCGAACAGAUGAGUAAAAAUUUCAAAUGGAUGGGCAAGCUGUUGUAACUCUCAGAAGUGAUUGACAUGUUACCUCUCCCUGUAAUAUUCAUACAUUAUCUAUCAAACAGAUAAUAAGAGUGCUCAAACCAAUCGCUUAGGAGUUGUCAUCUGGAUCUAACACCGUAUUAUCAUAACUAAUUUACAAGGAAAUGUGUAGCAACUAGGGGGGAGAAUUAACAAUCAGAUCAUGGGAGUUAAAUGAUUUAACAUGGAGUAAGUUUUGCAUUGUUUAAUUGCUUAACACCUUUUUAAUGGUUCUCUUGAUUGAAAAUGUAAAACUGUCUUUUCAACUAUUUUACUUGCAGGCCAGAUGGAAAAGACUACUCAGUACAUAGAAUCAUUCUUGGAACUCAUACGUAUGUCAAGCUUAUUUUUUGUCCUACACAUUUUUCCAGGCAAACAAACGAACAGUUUAUAUCAAUACUAACUUGAUAAUCUAUAGAUCUCAUACAGCCUAAUUUACUUCCCAUGACUUACUAUAAGUCCAAUUUUUAGGUCUGAUGAACAGAAUCACUUAGUCAUAGCAAGUGUACAAGUCCCUAGUGAUGAUUCUCAGCUAGACACCAGCCAUUAUGACAGUGAAAAAGGAGGUGAAGUACCCUCUUUACUACAUUCAUUUAUAAGUAUCUUAUCAUACAGAAGUUUUAAUAAAUUAGAGAUAUUCUGAGUAUAACCCUUUGAGGGUUUUGUGUGUAUGUAUUACUUUCCAGUAUAUUUCUGGAAAAUUUAUAUUGUUCAAUUACUGUAAGCAAAUAUAUUUUCAACAUUUAGGAUAGUUAUCCAUUUCUUGUUUUGCUGUGUUGUUUUUGAUUGAGAUGCACCAUCCAUGCUAGCCUGUUUUCAUUGAAUUUUACCAAUGAAAGCAUAAAACAAGCAAGGAGAGUGAUAAACAAUUUUUUAUCCAUAUACAUGAUCUCCAUACAGUUCUUUAUACAUUUCCUAAGGUGCUGACAAGGAGAAUUUGUUCAACAAUCAGGAGCUUCUAUUGUUGGUGAUCAUUUCCUUCUUUCUUGUAACCUUAAGCAUUAAGGUCAUGGAAAUAAAAGAUAUGAUCACAAACUCAAUAAGCUCUUGAUUGUUAGAUAAAUUAUCCUUAUAAGUACCAUAGGAACAGUAAAGAGAACUUGCAUACUGAUGUAAGGGCAUAUAGGGUUGAGCAAAGGAGUUUUCAGGACCUAACCAUUGUCUGAAAGUUUGGCUUUCUCUUUCCUGGUGCUUACCACAUAUCAUUUGUCUAUGCCAUUUUGCUUAAGAGCAGAAACAAGAGCUUAGAAGUUUAAGGGCUUAGAGAGAUGUUGAAUUAUAUUUCCUGUCUGUGCUUAAGUUCCCUUCUUGUUUUGCUUCACAGAGUUUGGAGGAUUUGGUUCUGUUACUGGUAAAAUAGACAUUGAAAUCAAAAUCAACCAUGAAGGUGAAGUGAACAGGUAAAUAAUAAAAUGCAGUCACAUCUUUUUUGUUUUUUUGUUUAGGGAUCCAAAUUCAAUUUUUUUAAAGUCACCCUUCAAUUGUAAAAUGCUCACCUUCCCCCCCUUCCCUCUCUGCACAAAAAUAUUUAAAGAAAAUUACUGGUUCUAAAUGAAACAUGCAUUUUACUGAGUUGUUUUCUAACUGCUUUCCAUAAUUUUUUCUUAGAGCACGGUAUAUGCCACAAAAUCCUUGUAUUAUAGCAACAAAGACUCCAACAGCAGAUGUGCUUGUGUUUGACUACACUAAGCAUCCCUCUAAACCAGGUAUGAAUUCUAUUCAAGUUAGGCAAACUUAAGCUGUUUGCUAGUUUUAUCAAGAAUAAUGAGAAUUCAUGGGAAAUUUAGUUAAUAGGUUGUAAUUGAAGGUUGGAGACCAGACUUUAAAAUGAAAGAAACAUGGCUGCCUUGCAUAAAUAUGCUGUACUUCUGGUUCAUUGAUAAAUGGAUAAUGAUUUAUUGCUGUCAGGCCUAAGACUAAGUGUGAAUUUGAAUUUUGUAGCAAUAGUAAGACAUGUAACCAAUUUUUUUUUUUCGACACUGAGAAAGGUACCCACUUAGUAUCAGGGGAUAGGAAUGAUGCAAAAGUGAGAUUAAGAGCCUUUUUUCCACUGUGACACUGGCUUCACUUGUAUGUUGAGUGUGUUAUUGGUUCUCAUUCUUGUGACAGGAUUUUUUGAGGGACAUUUCUAGUUCUCUUCCCUUCAUGAGGUUCAGCAUUCCAUGUUCCUACUUAAGCCUUACACCCCAACAUCAGUAUACAUAUUCUCCAUACUGUAUUCUUUACAUUUCCUAAGGUGCUGAUAAUGAGAAUCUGUUUCAAAAUCAAGAGCUUUUUUAGCUGGUGAUCAUCUUUAUUCCUGUGGCAUUAAUGUUUGAUUUAAGGGUGAUAUUUUGAGAAGAAAUUAGUUGCUAGUCAACCGAAGGGGUUAAAUAGUUCAAUUUGAGUUGCACAUUUCCCUUACAGAUCCAAAUGGAGAGUGCCGUCCAGAUAUUAGACUCAAAGGUCAUACAAAAGAGGGUUAUGGCUUGUCUUGGAAUCCCAACCUUAACGGCAAUCUUUUGAGUGCAUCAGAUGAUUAUGUAAGUCUUUGAAAAAGAGUUGUAGUAAGCAAAGUCAUGUGGUGUGAAAAAAGUUUUUUUUCAUUAGAACUCUUUUUGUUGUUUUGUCUAUUUAUGUCAGUUUUUUUAUCUGGUCAACAGACUGUUUGUCUCUGGGAUAUCAGCAAUAUAGCAAAGGUGAUUAAAAUCGAAAUUACCGGUAAUAUACAGGUUUAAUUUUUCUUUUUGUUUGUAAUGUGGAGAUACAGGUAGCUCACUGAAUGACUGGCUGCUUCUCUUACAGCCAGACUUAGUUGUUUUGGGUUAUGUCGGAAAAUAUUCUUAGCUUUUUCAGUUAUAAAACAAUGGCAUUUAUUUUCCAGAAAUUCAAGGGGACCCCAACCUCCUACUCUUUAAAGGUUUAACUAAGAUUUAUGGUGUUUCAUGAAUUUUGAACAAUGUCUGUUGGGUUAGCUAUGGAUAGUUUGGAAUGCAGAACUCUCUUUAGAUUUAUUUCUAACCAGCUGGAUCUCUGUCUACCCAGGAAGCAAAACAAAUGGAAGCCCAGCGUAUAUUUACUGGCCACACAGCAGUUGUGGAGGUACAGUGCAAUGACAUUACUUAAAAGCAGUAAUCUAUAUGACUAGCAACAACAGACCCUUGCUAAUUUUUAGAUCUAAGAUGGAGCCCUGUCUGUUAAAUUUUUGGUGGAGAAACUCCUUUCAUCGCAAAGAACAAGCAAUGUAACUUUAAAUGUCAUGAGGAAUAAAAAGAUAAAAGCCAACUUGACAUUGAUUGUCAAUAUGAGUAUACAUGUAUACAUUCAUGUUUUGAGCAUAACACUAUAUUUUAUUUUAGAUCAGUGUGCAGCUAUCAUUCCAUCAAUGGGAAUGAUGCAAAGCGCUGUUCCUAGAUAAAAUAUUCUUCUAUGUCCAGAGUUCUAAGUUUAAUGUUUGUUUGUGCAGGAUGUGUCUUGGCAUCUUUUACAUGAGAGUUUGUUUGGAUCAGUGGCUGAUGAUCACAAACUUAUGAUGUGAGUACCGAAGAAAGAGAAUUCAGAACAGACAAGAUCACUUAUUUGAUGAUACUUUUUCAUCCACGUAAUGUUAGGUCUGAAACCAGGAAAGAGGUUGCAUGUUUAGUAUAAUAUUGGCAGUCAUCUGUUGUGAUAAGAUUUUUACUCAUAACACAAAGAGAGCCAUCUUUAAGUAAAAAAAAAAAGGAUUUUUUUUGGUGAGAGGCUGUGAAGGAAAUUGCAGAAAUGAAACCUGAAAAGAUUUAUGCUUUGAUGGGAUUCAAAUUUGUACCUCCAUUGUACAGUUUACUUCCUUGAUACCAGUAGGGUGCUACAACCAACAGAGCUUUAAAGCCACAAGUUAGGAGGGAGGCAAAUUUUUAAGGGUUCUUUGUUCUUGUUAAUGAAUCUCAUCGCAAUAAAAUUGAAUGAAAAAUAUUGUGACUUUUGGAUAAGAUUCAAGAAAUGAUCUUGGCAGAUGAGCUGCAGCUGAAGAAGAUGCUGGAAAAAAGUGUGACAAAAUUCAGGCACUGAUGGGAUUAAAACACAUGCUUCCCUGAUACAACCUUUCUUUACUUGAAAAUUAUCUGCAGGUCGUGAUAUUCUAUUCUUCUUUUUUAUUAUGACUAGAGCCAUUUUUGAGGUGAAACCCCAUAUGCUUGCAAAACUCAUCUUAUUUAUGAAUAAUUCACAUUUGUGACUUGCUAUUAAAUGCCAUGUCUUUCUGCAGCUGGGAUACUCGCUCAAAUAACAGCUCCAAAGCAACACACACAGUGGAUGCCCACACGGCCGAAGUGAGUGAAGUGAUUGUUGUCCUUCUACACAAAGUCAUUAAAAAAAUUAAAUUUCAUUGUCUAUUUUUCCCAUUUACCCUCUUCUAAAAGUGAUUUUGUAUUGCUUUUUUUUUAAUUUUUUUUUAUCUCUUUUGUAGGUAAAUUGUCUGUCAUUUAAUCCAUACAGUGAGUUUAUUCUAGCAACAGGAUCAGCAGAUAAGGUGAAAACAUUGUAUGUUUUAAUUAAAGAAAAAAGAGGUUUAUCGCAAAUUAACUUAGGAUUUGCGGCUGCUUUAAGUUGUCUCUGAAAGGGAAAGAAAAGUGAUUUUCUUGGUGCACCCAGAACAUCAAAACAGGUGAUUCAAAAUUGUACAAGUCAAGAGAGGUUGUGAGCCUAAUUUUAUUGUGAAUGGUGCACAACUUACAAUCCAGUUGAUUUAAUCUUCCAAUGUGUAUGUUUUGCUAUCACUGAUCUCCUGCCAAGAUCUUGUGUAAUUCUCUCAAAGCCUAUGAGGAAUUUUUAAUCGUUUAAAGCAGUGAAGGCUAAAUAAUGUCUCCUCUACUUAUUUAAAUUAUGUUGUUCUUUUUUAUAUAUCAGACUGUGGCAUUAUGGGACUUAAGAAAUCUCAAACUAAAACUACAUUCCUUCGAGUCACACAAGGAUGAAAUAUUCCAGGUCCAAUGGUCACCGCAUAAUGAAACAAUCUUAGCUUCAAGUGGCACGGACAGAAGAUUGCAUGUCUGGGAUCUGAGGUACAAUGAUCACUGUUAUACAGUGUGUGUCACUGUUUCACUGUUAUAAGAUAAUCUUCAGUUGAAAGGGCUUUACUUGGAGGAAUGUUACUGAAGCAGACUGUCAGGUUGCUUGAGAUUGAAGAUGUCUUGAAAAGGACUCUUUUUGGUGACAGUGAGUAACAUUUUUACAACUGCAGUUGAAGUUUUCAAUUGAGUCAAGUGCUCAGCUUUGAUGGUGACAGUAGGAAUGGUGUUGAAAUUUUAGUAACUGUUUGGUUUGAAGUUCAUUUUGAUUUCCCUGUUGUUAACCCUUCAGACAAUAACAUCAGUAUUCUUCAUACUGUGCUCUAUACAUUUCUCAAGGUGCUGACAAGGAGAAUUUGUUUGGCAAUCAAGAGUUUCUCCAGUUGGCAAUCAUUUCCUUUAUUCUCAUGACCUGAAUGUGUGAUUCAGGGGUGUUAUUGUGAGGGGAAAUUAGAUGCUGAUCACUCUAAGAGGUCAAAGGGUUAAUUAGAUAUACAAGUUACUGUUCAGUCGUCAAUAGCAGUCCUUUUCAGAACUACAUGAAAAUUAUACACCUUUUGUGGAUUAUUGUAACAUGAGACUGACUACUCUUGGAUUCAAACUAUUGAUUGUAACCUCAAAAGCUAAGGUUGGCUCGAACUUUGGCUAAAACAAAGACCUUUUUCAACCCUUUGGAGUUGAAAUUUUUUUUGACUACAGUGAUUAAAAGUUCUUAACAUAUUUCUCUCUCAUAGCAAAAUUGGUGAGGAACAGUCAUCAGAAGAUGCUGAAGAUGGCCCCCCUGAGCUCCUGGUAUGAAGUACUUUUCAUUAUUAUUUGUUGUUGUUGUUUUUAUAAUCAUUGUCGGUUCCACAGCUAUACCAAAGUUCUGGCAAAUGCAUGACUAAACAGAACAAUGAAUUCUCAUUGUUUUGGGAAGGUACACUUUGUUAUGCUAGUGUUUCCAAGAGUUUAUUUCAGUUUUCACCCUCACUGAGAUGAUUGUGCACACUUCCUCACUUAUCUUCUUUUGAAAUGUUUUAGUUCAUUCAUGGUGGUCACACAGCCAAAAUUUCAGACUUCUCUUGGAAUGCAAAUGAACCUUGGGUUCUCUGCAGUGUCUCCGAGGACAACAUUAUGCAAGUGUGGCAGAUGGUAGGUGAAACACAAAGCUGCUUACACAUUUUCACAUUAACCCUUUAACUCUCAAGAUCUCAUUAGUAAUUCUCCUUAUUGUCUGCCAAAUGAUUCUCAUAAUGUUAAUUUUGAGAAUUUGGUAUCGGAUCAAUUAGUAAGCCCAUAAUUGAUAUUUGUCUUUAUUCUCAUCACUUGUCUGCAUGAUAUUGUAUAAGUAUAGUAAGGAGAAAUUCUGUCUUGGUCACUCAUAGGAGUUAAAGGGUUAAUAUCAAUAAUUAAGUACAUUUGGUGGAAAUGGCAUUCAACUGAGCAAAUAAGGUACAUUUAAUAAACUGAUAAAAUGUGAGAAGGUUACCUGAGACCACCCCUGGUACCAGUUCUCCGAAGGGUGGAUAUUGCUAUCCAGCAGGUAAAUGGUUAUCCAGCGUUUGAGUUUUAGCAAAAUUUACUGUGCUAUCCACAGGUCACAGAUUUUUCUAGUGGAAAGCAUUAUUCACUCUUUGAACAACCAGACCUCAAUGACUACACUAGGUUCUGCGUAAACUGUUGAUGGUCCUCUUGAUGGGUGGGUGUGGUCUUGGUGGCUGAUUUUUUUUAACAAACUUAUUUAGCAUUCCAUGUGUACAGUUGACUUUUGAACCCUGUCAAGUCAUCUGAGUGGGCGGAAUGCAAAAUAGAAAUGGCAAGAUCUCAUAAUUACCUUAAAACUGACUGGUUACAUAUGUUGUUUUAAGACCAUUUCUUGUCAGAUAUUGAUAUCACUGUACAUGAGAACUCACUUUUACACACAAAAAGAAAGUUUUUCUAAGACAACUGUCAAACUUUGACAGUUGUCUUAGGUUGAAUGUUUCACGUGAAGAUAGUGACUUUCCUGUAUUUACAGUUUUCACCCAGCCUGUUAAGUUUAAUCCUGUGACCCAUGAGAGUGAGAAGACAGAUUGCAUGAAAAUUUGCUCAGUUUACGAAAUACCAGUUUCUCAUCGGCCAUAUACCUGAAAUAAGUUGACAUCUUUUUUUUUUUUUUUAAUUGAUCUCGAUGUUUUUUUUCCUUUGUUUCAGGCUGAAAACAUUUAUAAUGAUGAGGAUCCUGACACUCCAGCCUCUGAGCUUGAGUCAGGGGCAUCAUGAAAGUUCUUGAGAAAAUAGCCUAUCAGUUAAAAUAUCAUCUGUGAAAAUCCUUUUAGCCUUGUACUGUUAAACUAUCCUUAUCAGAAGCAAAGUUUCUCAAAGUAGUCUUGUAGAGGAGGCCUUUACUACCCUAAUUAGCGAACCCAGUUCUUUCUUCAUUUAGGAAACACUUAGGCGGUGAGAUCUAGUAAGGUUGUUUACACUGUAAAUUUCUCCUCCUUCAACAACCUCCACAUCAACGGCGAGAAUAAUCUGAGUCAUGUUAGUAAAAUUACAAUCACUUUUAUGGAAAACGGCGUCUUAUGGACUGAAGCUACAUGGUUUUUUGACAGGGGAAGCUCAACGGCAAAGGAGUCGCUAAUACCACACGCAGGCUGUUUACAGUUGGUGUUAUAGCUAUCGGAAAAAUUCGGAGUUUAGAUCAGAAUCUUUCUCUGAUGUUAGCGCGCUCUGCUGCUAGGUUGUUCCUAGUCAAUUCAUACUGUACAAACGACAUUUCCUGAUGUUAAGCGAAAGGCUGCACACCUUCCUUGUGGUAAAACUUGGAUUUUUCUGUUAAAGAAACCCUAGAUGAGCUGUCACUGUUCUUACCAAUGAGUAAGAGUGUUAAACUGUUCUAUUGAAGAAACUAAAGAGGUUUUGUUCGUUUAUCUCUGAAACAGAAGCGUGGGUGUACUUUUCAAAUGCUCGCAAGUUGACUUUUACUUUAUAGGAUGCAUUUACAACUGCAAUUAAAAGUUUACCAUCACAAACUACAUGUGACAUCUUCAGUGAUAAACAAACUAGCUUAUUACUACUUAUAAUCGAUACAAGUUCAACUGAAAAUUGAGAUAAGAAGUAUUCUUACGUUUGUGAAACAAACGUUCAUAUAACCAGUUAUCUGGGCUCAGUUGAACACGUUUAGAGCGCUUCUCCAUUGAGUGUCAUAAAAACAAAACCAAAGUACUGUAUUUAAGUAUUUACAAAGGGCGAACAGAGAGAACGAAGAUAUCCUGAAGAGUUCACGAGAACUCAAGGUAAAAACAAGCAAUCCAAGUCAUGAUUGGUGUUAAGUAGAGAAUGGCAGGAGCCUCCUGUAUAAUGACUGUUGUUGUUG